UGUUCAUUACCAACACAAAUGUCUGAUGUGUCAUUAUGUUAUAAUAUGUUGUAAUAAUAUGAUUGUGCAGCUAUUAAGCUUAUAAACCUUAUAAAGUGAGCCUGAGUGUGUAGCAGGCUGUAGGUGGUGGUGUAUACAUGCUGCAGCUCGAGUCCCACAGAAGAAGCAGAGAAACUCGGAACUCCCUUUUUCUCCUGUUAAUGUCACCAAGUUUGGUAACUUGGAUGAAGUAACUCGAACUUAAGAAAGCGUUUAAAACGGAGUAAAAAAAAUGCGCGACAGGACCAAAGAACUGGGAAAUCCUGCAGAUGGAACAGAUGAUGAGGAAGGCACAGCACUCAUGAUCAAGCCGGGCUCGGGUAACUCGGUAAAGGAGGAGAAAGAAAAUGAUGCUUUCUUUCAGAAGGUCCUUGAGAUUCGAGAGGGGCUUACAACUCUUAAGACGAAAGUAUCUGAACUGGAGAACAAACAAAAAACUGUAUUAGGUGUACCACUUCCAGAGGAAAGUAUGAAAAAGGAACUUCAGACUUUAAGAGAUGAGAUCAAAGUAUUAGCUACCCAAAUCCAGAAAAAAAUGAAGAGUAUUGAACCCAAGAAAACUGACGAAGAUGGGAAAUAUGUUCCAAUAAACAUAAGAAUGCAAAGAACACAGCAUGCUGUCCUCUCACGAGACUUCAUUGAGUCGAUGAGUUACUGUAACACAAUUCAGGCCAACUACAGAGAUAGAAAUGUAGAGAGGAUACAAAGGCAACUCAAAAUCACUGGCAAUAAUGUGACCGAUGAACAAUUGGAAUCAAUGCUUGAGAGUGGACAGACUGAUGUUUUCACACAAAAUAUCUUGGCAGAUGCCCAAGCCACCAAGCAGGCACUAAAUGAGAUCGAGUCUCGGCAUGAUGAGAUUCUUAAACUGGAGAAAAGCAUCAGAGACCUUCAUGACAUGUUCCAGUAUCUUGCCAUGGAAGUGGAGGCACAGGGAGAAAUGGUUAAUCGUAUAGAGAACAACAUACUUACUUCUACUAACUAUGUAGAGAAGGCUGUUGAAGACACAGCACAAGCUGUUGUCUCACAUAAGAAGGCCAGAAAGAAAAAAAUUUUCAUUGCAUUGUGCAUUGCAAUUUUAGUUUUGAUACUAGUCAUUGCCCUGGGUUUUUCCUUGAGCUGAGAUAAGUCCAUUACUAUUACAGAGAUUAGAAAAUCCAUCACUGGAUCCAGAUUUCAAGACCUAGUGGAAAGCCUUCCCGGAAGGAAAAAGGAUGUUAUUGCAGCAAAAGGGGAACUACUCCAUAUUAAUACCUGUGGGUCUGGAAUGGGAUGUUCACUGAGCACAGAUGGGUUUUGAUGGUCAGAUGUCAAGAUACUACAAGCCACAGUGAACUUACCAGUGAUUAAUUAAAGGAAAAAACAAUUUCAGGCCACCCCAAAUCAGAUAUAUGAAAGACCACUGUUCUAAAACAUAUUCCCUCAAACCACAUAGCCUUAGAUGAUGCUAUUGAAGAACACUGUUUAACACAUCAGUCCAAAUUCUCCCACUUCUUAUGUAUUUUUAUGUAUGCUUGUAAGUUGAAAAAUUCUUAAAUAUUAUUGUUGUUGGUAAUAAUUUUAUUUCUCCUCUUCCCCCAGUGUCCUCCUUCUGCUGGUUAUCUCUGCUUUGCAAUUCAAACCUUUUUUUUUUUUUCCAAUAGUCACCUCAAAUUAACCACAUUCUCUUCAGAUAUUUCAGGUUAAUGAUUAAUGUACUUUUGACCCAGAGAUAAACAAUGAUUAUAAACUUGUUAUGCAAUAUGGUAAAUAAGGUUCACACUAACACUUAAAAAAAAGUCAUUUUGAAACUAAACUGACCUAGAAAUACUGUUCUCAGGAAACCCAUAAAGAUAACACAUUUUUAAUGUAAAAGCACACAGAAGAACCUCGGAAUCACUAAGAUAUUUGAGCUUUGUUUUUAGCUUUCUGUUAAAUGUUUUAUUGUGUUCAAUUAUAAUUCUAUGUUGAAGAAAUUUCAUCUGUACAUACACAAACUAAUCUUUUUACAUUUGUUUUAUUUUUACAGUAUCUGCUUCUGAACCUAUAAUUGUCAUUACAUGUCAUAAAAUAUACCAUCUUUUAGUUAAUCACAACUUUACAUGUAGUACUGUGAGCUGCACCCUACAAAGGAUAGAAGUCCAGUAGUCCCAGUAGACCUAAAAAUGUGCUGCAAAUUAAUUAUUUGGGUUCUAUCUCAAAUACAGUAGAAUAUGUAGAUCUGCUUUUGAAGCAUCUGAUAUGUACAGUAACCAUUUAGUGCCUUUGCCCUGGUGCUUUUGCCUAUUUAACUUCUAUCUGUAUGAAUUUAUUGGCAGGUAAUAUCAGACAGAAUACUGCAAUAUUUUGUUGCAUGGUGUGCUGUCAUUUUGUACUGAACUACCUGUAAUUUUAAUACAGAACUGUUGUUUUAAAAUAAAAUGUAUCAUAUACUAAACUA